UUAACUAAUAUUUUUUUGGUUAAUUGCAUAAAAACGUGCAAAAAUUAAAGGAAUCUUCAUCAAGUUGACAGCAGGAGAGCUCAGCCGAAAACAAAUCAUACUUUAGAGUUGAACUUAAUAAUGAAAAGAUGAUGAUUAUUUUUCUGUUGAUCAUUGCAGUCGUCAAAGAAAUUUCAACAUUUCAACCGGAAUUUGUGGAAAGUAUAUCAAAUGUAUCGGUGGCAGUGGGACGUGAUGCAACAUUCACUUGUCAUGUACGUCAUUUGGGUGGUUAUCGGGUCGGCUGGCUUAAAGCUGAUACGAAAGCCAUACAAGCGAUCCAUGAGAAUGUUAUAACCCAUAACUCCCGCGUUACUGUUAGUCAUUUAGAUCAGAACACAUGGAAUUUGCAUAUAAAGGCCGUUGCUGAAGAGGAUAGAGGAGGCUAUAUGUGCCAAUUAAAUACGGAUCCAAUGAAAAGUCAGAUUGGCUUUCUUGAUGUGGUUAUACCACCGGAUUUUGUGGCCGAAGAUACCUCAUCUGAUGUGAUUGUACCCGAAGGUAGCUCAGUUAAACUAACAUGUCGAGCUCGUGGCUACCCGGAACCUAUUGUCACUUGGCGUCGUGAAGAUGGCAAUGAGAUUGUACUCAAGGACAGUAUGGGUACAAAAACUUUAGUGUCUUCGUUUCGUGGUGAGGUUUUGAAAUUAACAAAAAUUUCACGUAAUGAAAUGGGUUCAUAUUUAUGUAUUGCCUCAAAUGGCGUACCACCAUCGGUUUCUAAAAGAAUAUCGCUAUCUAUACAUUUUCAUCCAGUUAUACAAGUACCAAAUCAAUUAGUCGGUGCACCACUUGGCACUGAUGUUCAAAUUGAAUGUCACGUAGAGGCAUCACCGAAAUCAAUUAACUACUGGAUUAAGGACACUGGUGAAAUGAUUGUGUCAUCAUCAAAAUAUCACGUACAGGAAUUAUCGAAAUCAAUGUAUGAAACGAAAAUGACAAUGAUUGUAAGAAAUUUUCAUAAAGAUGAUGUCGGCUCGUACCGUUGCAUUGCGAAAAAUUCUUUGGGUGAAGUUGACAGCAGUAUACGUUUAUACGAAAUUCCCGGACCAAAUCGUAAAGUGCCGGCCAGCAAUAAACAUGCCGUUGGCUCUGAUGCGGAUACCAAUGACAUUUUAAAGCAGAAACAAUUACGCGUCACUUAUCAACCGGAUGAUGAAGAUCUGUAUGGCUCGGCCGAGGAUUUCGAUGACAGUGAUUCACCGCUGCCGCCACCAUUAACGCCAAAUGUUUACUAUACAUCGGCAAACGGUGUCAGCCAUAAACAUGCCACCCACAAGCCGGGUGUUGUGGGCUUGGGACCAGACGCUGUAGGUGGUAGACAUCAUCAUUAUAAUGCCGUCAACGGCGGUGGCACGUUGGAGUUUGGUAUUGGUUUACCUGGCAGUAUAAAUGGCAAUGGAGUGACCCGUAAACCGCCGUUUUAUGGUAAAACUGAAAUACGCGGCAAUGCUAUGGACAAUAAUGAAUUAACUUCGGCUGCUUGGUCCAAAACAGUAACAGCCAUAACAUUAACAAGAACAAGAACAACAACAACAACACCAACAAUUAUCCAACUGUCAAUAGCAUUUUGGUGUUGGCGCUGGUGGUAUUGUUGUUGCUGGCAAUAGUUUUAGUUGUACAGUUUAAUACAUUCAUUUAGUUGCAAUUUAUUAUAAUACGUACUGUAAAGAAAAAAAAAGGAAAAAAAAAAGAACAAAAAAAAAAAAAACGCAGGCCGCUACCUGUACAUGUGACGGUAUCAUUACCGUAGUCAUUGGAUAGUUGUGUAUGUAAUAGUUUAUAUUAAAUACUGACAAGUUAUGUGUUGUGUUCCACUAAAGUUAUAAAAUGUUGUUUAUAAAAGUGUAGAUGUAUAUGUAUAUGAAUAAAUAGAGAAGAAUACGGAAACGAGAGUACAUAUAUAUGCUAUUAAUUUAUAUACAUAUUAUAUUUAUUUAUAAUAAAUACAUAUAUAUAAAAAUUUCAA